AUGAAUACCAUUCAUUUUUCUCAUGUCAAAACUGAAUCAGAAGACAUAACUAAACUUUCUCCUACUUCCACUAAAACAACAUAGUAAUUAUAUCCAGCAUAAGAUGAUAUCACGAGUCCCAUCUCAGGCAAAAUAAAAAUAAAGGAUAGUUUUAAUGAGUUCUUAGAUGGUAGGAUCAACACUUUUUAACUUCUUCAAGCAAAAAAUUGUCCUCGUCUACAUCAGCAACAGUAAAUUGAAUAAUAUGAAAAACAAGCCAGAGAAAGAGAAUCUAAGGGUAUGGUUAUUUUGGGGCCAUUACUUAGAUUUAAACACAAAUAUAAACAUGUUAAAACUUAGUCUGAAGAAAGAAUAAAUUAUCUGAAAACAAAGAUAGCAGCCCUUAACAAUCUAAUUAAAUCUAAAGUCGUAAAUAGAAAGAAGGACAAUGAUGAAAAACGGAGAAGAAGUUUGUAAAAUGUUGGACUACUAAAAUCUAUAGUCGAAGCAUCAGAAAACAUAAAUAAGAAAAUUGAAUAGGUUGAGACAUAUGAAAAAAUGGUACCAUAAAUGAAAGCAUUAAAAACUGUUACAAUUAGUUAUGACGAUUAAAAGAUGUUUAGAAAAUAAUAAUUAAAGUCAAAAUUAAAUACAUAAUCUUCAACUAAUCCAAAACUAUUUCUCAAAACCUAAUUACAAGAUUCAAGUAAAUAGUUUUUAAAAGAAUUAGAAGAGAUGAAUGAAAAAAAACAAUAAAACUUAGACAGACUUUCCAGAAUGAAAUUACUGUCUGAUAAUAAAUUAUAAAAAACACACAAAUACGAUCUCUUUGUGAAAGAAGUCUUAACAUACAAAGACAUUGAAUUAUAUGAUUACUUACAUCAACAACCCAAAUAGGUUUAAUAUAGAUGUCACUUUACAAAUCAAGCAGAAGAGGCUGCUAAUCUAAACAAGGCUAAACCAAAAAAAAACCAUAAAAAAUAUAAAACUCUUACUGAAAGUAAUAUGAAUCAAAUUCUUGAUGUUUCUGAUACAUCCUCUUUAUAAUCUGCAUAUGAAAUACAUUUAGAUAAUUUAUAUACUUAAACUAUAGAAGUGAAAAAGUAAUUGUUGAAGAAAUCUAUGUUACCAAAAAGAAUCCGAUAAAUGAUAAAACUUGAUGAAUUAGGUAAACAGACUCUACAUACUAGUACUCAUAAACUUAAACAUUGA